AUUUCAUCCGGGUAUUCUGCAUGAAGAAGUCAACAACAGCAGUCGAGUUGAAUAAAAUUAAAGAUACCAACAUUUUAAAUUUAUCAUAAGAGAUAUGUUAACGGAGUAUAUGUUUAUCAAUUUUACAUUUAUGUGUCGUGAAAAACGAUGUAAACUGUGCAAAACCUAUUAGGCUAAUGAAAACACUUUUUUGUCGAAAAUUGUGUUUCACAAGUUCGACUGACAGUUUUGUUUAACAUUAUGCAUGUCAAUGAACUUACCUUAUAUCCUGUUGGAAGUAACAAAAUGGGCACAUUUCAAUUAAUUGGCGCACAGUCAUUUCCUCAAAAGUUUCUUCAAAUGGACAAUUCGACGGUCAUGAAAUUAGCUUUGGCAGAAGGAACAGAAGAUUCCAACAAAGAGAACGAGAUCGUUAGUGGUGUUUUCUUCUCUAACGGAGGGACGCAGCCAAGGGUAUGGUGCCUUUGCUGCCUGGCUCGGCUAAUGGACACAGCCUCCUGCAGCCUGCUACCAGCUUCAUGCAGCAUAUGGUUCAGAACCAAUUACAGCCGACGUACCAGUAUGCACAGACUCCUGGCCUGGAGGAGUACCAGCCUGUCAUGGUGCAGACCUCCGUCGCCUCCCUCCCCGCAGAGUUCAAGACAGACCAGCAGGUCUUCUCCUCCAUCACCAACAACAGCACCGUCAUGGCCAACGGAAGUGUUGAGCAGCAGACGGUAAGGACCCGGGCAAACUUAAAUCAGACAGAUCUAGUCAAGGAGGAUGGUCAGCAGAGUCCAGUGGACGUGGGUGGCAAGGGCGACGCUGCCUCCCCGGGCGCAGCACAGGGGCCCAAAAGAUUACAUGUGUCAAACAUACCCUUCCGCUUCAGGGAGGCCGACCUCAGAAAUCUCCUUGGGCAAUAUGGCUCAAUCUUGGAUGUUGAAAUCAUCUUCAAUGAGCGUGGUUCAAAGGGAUUUGGUUUCGUAACUUUCCAAAAUAGCGCGGAGGCAGACAGAGCUCGCGAAAAACUGAACGGAACAGUGGUAGAGGGACGCAAAGUUGAGGUGAACAAUGCUACCGCACGUGUUAUGACCAAAAAAACUGCUGUCGCCCCCACUAUACAAAAUGAAACCGGAUACUUCAUAUCCCCAGUGUCGGCGGCUGCAUUACGAGGCAUGGCCCUUACCCGGGGUCGCCCGACCGCCCUGACCGCCCGGGGUGUGAGCAUGUACAACCCAGCGGCCGCCGCCCAGCUGCAGGCUGCAGCCCUCAGACAGGCCACCCCCCUCCAGGCUGCCACUGCCUUGCCCUAUGCCACUAUGCAGUAUGCCCAGGUUGACCCCAAUUUCCUUGCCACAUAUGCAGCUGCUGACGGGCGGUACCAGCUGGUCACCUCUCAGCCCCUCACAGCUGGUCUGCCCCUCUCUGCAGCCCGCUAUGCCAUGCCAGCCAUGGCCACAGGGGUCACAUACGCACCUGCAGGUUACGGUAGUCGAGAGCUGGCUGCAGCCACAUCAGAUCCUCUACUGGGUCAUAGUAUUGGGCCUGUACCAGGAUAUGGGGCUACAGUGUACAGAAGCGCAUACCAGAGAUUUACACCAUACUGAUUGGCUGACACAAGUCACAUGAUCUGAUUGACUUGCCUAUGUUAAUGCAGCAUGCUGGUCAUGUGAUCUUCGGGAUCUGUGUUCGUACAGAGGAUCAACUGUUACAACAGAAGUGAAGAAAUAGGACUUCAGAAAACCUUCUGUUCUGCUAUUCUGAGUAUUAUUAUUGCAACUUAAGAGAUUUUGAAACAGGAGGUGUUCAGUGCAAUUGUUUUUCAUAUUUACAGUGCUUGAAAGGUGCUCUAGGUUACAGAAAAUGAAUUAUUUAUUAAUUUGUUGCACUGUUUAAUGAUAUUUUGAAGCAAAAUCUGCCAUGUUUUAGAACAUUCUUGCAUUAGAUACAGACUAAACAAAGUCCUUAAGUAGGCAUUCAAGCAUCAACUGUUAUUUAAAAGGUUAAAUCUGAAGUUGCACCAUUUAGCUUUCUCCAAAACAAAAUAACGACAUCUUAAAAUGCAACCAACGGAAUAUAAAAGAACUUAAUUGACUUAUUUUCAACAGCAAUAAAGUUUGGGCAGGCUUUUGUUGAGAGAAAAAAUCAAAAGUGAAAUGUACUUAUUACCAAGUUCUUCCAUUUUUCCUUGACGCUAUUGUUGUGCCUGUAUUUUCUUGUCUGACAAUACUCAAAUGGCAUGCUUGAUUCAGAACAAACUUCUAGUCACAUGAUUGUAUUUAUGAAAAAUGUACCUCGUUUGUGAAACAUGCAUUUCUUUGUCAUUUUGAUCAUCUUUACUUUCCUUUUAUUCCUUGUAUUCAAUAUUUUUUUAGCAAACAAGAUAAGUGACAUUUAAGUUUAUUUCUUAUGUUAACUGUAAGAUGGAAUGUUGUUUUGAUUCAAACAGUAUUUGUAUAUGAAUGCAAAAUAUUUCUCUCAGCUUUAGAAGGCUAAAUAAACUCAAAAACUUAAAUGCAGUCAGGGUAGGGUACUGUUUGGAAAAUAAGCAGAAUAAAAAAAUGUAUUUCAUUCAGUUUUUAAAUUAAGCAUAAAAACCAUAGAAGUUUUUGAAGAUUUCCCCUGUAUGUGAUACUUGUGAUUUAGUGUACUCCUUGUCUCCACAAAGUCCUGUCACUGAGAUUGGUGCGUAAAGCAUUUAAACUUGGACAGUCAGUGGAUAUUGUUUUUCUUAAUGGGAUUGCAAUUAUUUUAAUUUGAUUUAUUUAUGUUAUACAUUCUGCAAUAGAUCUUACAUUUUAAGGAUUUUACUACUUGUAAUUUUUUUUUAUCUAGUCUAAAAUGGCUUAGUUCCAACAAUUAUUAUACACGUUGGUAUCAUUUCGUAUUUUUACAGCAAUAGUUAAAAUCAAUGAGUCUAUGCUUCAUAUCUGUCUACAUGUGUAAUCAAACAUUACAAAACAUUUCAAUCUGUUUACAAACAGUGUAAAGAGAUGAAAAAUUAACAGCAGCUAUUAACAGCUGUUAGUAUUGUUAAUAAAAACCUUUCUUGCCAAAAUAUCUUGCCGCGAUAUUCAAUACGUCUGCCAGUGUCUGUUUUGUGAAUUCAUGUAAAUGUAUACAUCUGAAGUAUUUUGUGUGUUAUUUUAUUUGUUGGUUUUUGUUGAUUGUUUUUCUUACAAUGAUGGCUAUUGUUAGCCUGCUACAUUGUUCUAUGAAUCUCUCAAUGAUGUCUAUGUAAGUGCUAUGCGUGGCUGUGUGUUUCUGUCUGAAGCUACUGGACAGCCAGUGCAACACACUCCAGAUCUCCACUUAGUGUUAUGCCAUCAGAUUCUUCAGGAUCUUCAAACUACGCACUUAAUGUCAAUAUACAUUUGUUUCCACAUUCAAUUUAUUUUGUACUCCAUCCUAUUUUCAAUUACUGCCUUUGUAAAUUAAGUGAAUACUUUUUGUUGGAUACCCUUUCUUUAGUUGGCUGCUUUAUGGUGAUAUCAUGAAAAUACGCAUACAGGUAUCUUUCAGUAAGUAUUUAGACAUACUGAAGAUAAAUUCGUUUUUUACUACAUUCUUUGAUUACUUCCCCUCAGGUUUUUCCCAUCAGUGCAGCAUGGAUUGUGUUGGAUGUUCGACAGUUAGAAACAUCCGGACCAACGUGUGCAAUGCUUUGUAGCAGCAAGUUUCUUAAAUUAUACUCAACAUCUACUUGUGGAAUUUUUAGUUUUGUUUUGAAAUUAAUAAGAGAAAUUAGUUUGGAAGGUAAACAUUCUGAUAUAGUUUGCCUAUUACACCUAAGAAUACUUUCCAUGUGUAGCAAGCAUUAAGAAUGUCUUUCUUUGUGAGAUAUUAUAACAGCUCUCUGUGUUGUGUAUAGGUCCAUUCCCUUGUCACACUCUAGCAAAAAUUUGGGCAGGGGAAAAAGUGUGUUGAUUCGCUGGUCAAUUAAUGGAACAUGUUUAUGCUAUUUACUGUAUGCCAGUUUUAACUGCGCCCCUCAGCAUUAUGAAAUUGCAAUUUUUUCUUGUGCAAAUAACUUGUCUUAUUGUUGUCAUACUUUCUAAACUGAGUCAUUGAUAAUCAAAAUAUAAUUUAUUUCAUAAAUACACGAUUUUGAUAUAAUCAACAACACAUGUGUUUGUUUUGACUCUUUUUUUUUCUUAGAAAUAUCUUCUAUGUUUUACUUCUAGUAAUAACAUUGCAUGAAAACUUGAUCUUCAUGGCAUGCAGCAGUGAACAUCCCAAACAUGUGUUAUUAACUAAAAUUGCUUAAAAAUGCCAAUAUAUGUGUGUCCUUAUUUAUGUCAUGUUAAACAAUUGAAUGUCUUAGUUAUCAUAAUGUUUUGCUCUCAUUUAUGUACAACUAUGUGUAUUGGAAAUUGUAUGUUGGUAUGCUGUUUGCAUUUGUUACACCAUGUUAUUUACUGUUAUAUGCGCCACUGUAUUGGCUUUGUUAACGCACUUGCAUUUUCCUUGUAGUGCACAUUUUAAAACAUCACUUUCUGGAUUACUUUGCAGUUGAAUCAAGCUGACUUUUAGCUUCUAUAGUUGCUAUUUAAUUAUUAUUUACUGUAUAUUCAUGUAGUAUUGUUCGAAACUGGAUGUUUCACUUGUUCAAGUGAUAUGUUGAAAAUAUUUAUUGUUUACUGCUUGCUCUCAACUGCAAUAGUAACUUCAGAAAGUAGAGGAUGGUAGUAUGGAAUGAGAAUUUACUUGGAAUGACCAUAAGAAAUGCUCUAUGCCAACAUGUAUAGACCAAGGCUGCAUGCAAGAGACAUAAUCCUUGGGGGUCUUAUUUCUCACCCAGGUGUUUGAAUGGCAUGAGUUUGCAGGAUGAGAGAUUAGUGUACCACUUUGUUGAUUGCUAAUCAGUGUAUUUCUUGUUGAAUGUAUAUAUAACUUCCUAUUAACAUACAUAGUCUGCUUAGUUUUGUGUUGUGCUUUGUAUUUAGUAAGUAGUUUGAAAUGUAAUCCCCAGAAACGCUGUGUGCAGUCUUUACUUCAUUUUUAAUUUGUAAUUAUUAUACUCGCGCAAAUGGAGUUCAAAGGGGGGAUAUUGGAUUCAUUUGUAUAUUUGUGUUGGUUAGUCUUUCUUCAUAACAUGUUGAAUUUGUAAAGUUAGCUACAUCCCCCCAUUUAACAAACUAUUGAAUUAAGCUAAAAAAACGUUAAUGAAAAGAUGUCAUCACCAUGAAGUCAAGAUGUGUAAUACACUCUUUUCAAGCAUUAUCAUUUACAAAGUCUUGAGGUAUUUGCCCUUGAACAUAAUUGACAUAGCAGUGAGGGGGUAUUAGUUACAUAUGUGACAACUCUAGUUACAUACAAUUAUGUCUCUUUAUUAUUCAGCAUCAGCUAUAAACAAUAGCCUUCAUAAUUUUGUAAGAUAUAAAUCUCGGCUUUAUCCAAGUAUAACUAUUGAAUUGACAGAAGAACUAUAAUAAUGUGUUAAUUAAAUCUAAUUUGAUGUUUCUGUUUUCUGCACUGGCUGUUGAUGUACCUGCAAUAAACUGUUGUAUAUAA